AUGUCAAGCAAAUACUACCUGCAUGACGAUGACACAGCGAGCAACAGCUCCACCGGAUCCGCGGGACUAAUCUCUUAUAAAGAGAGUCCCACUCCAAACCCGACCGAGUUCCUCACAUCCAGGAAGACUUUUACUUUUCAGGCUCCUUGCAGCACCGUGACCUCUGUGACCUCUUUAGACCAGCGAACUUCAGCUCAAGUGGAUCCAUCAGGAUUCUCCUCUGGAUAUUCCUCAACAGAGGAAGGAUACGGGCGGAAAAGCAGCGCCACACACAGUGCCCCCACCAACAACACCACUGCCGCCACCACCAACACCAGCCCUGCUUAUACUCAGUCAAAGGGAUGGAUGGGACACAGAGACAUCCUGACUGCGCCAGUUGUAAGAAACAUCCUGACUGUGCCAGCCUCCGAGUACCAGAGUCGCACACUGGACGCCCAGGAAGCUCAAAACAGGAAGAUAAAGAGGGAGCUCUCUGAUUGGCUGCUGAACCAGCUGUCUGGUUCAGUCAAUUCUGAGGGAGAUGAAGUAAUGCGCCCUGAGCUGCAGAGGGCGCUGGAGGACCUGGAAAAGAAACUACUGGACAGAUUGGAACAGGAGCGGAGGGGAGAGGAGAGGAGAGAUGUGUGGAGGACAGUGGGAGAGACGCUGCAAGAGGAAGGAGUGGGAGCAGUCAGCAUAACGGAUGUUGAACGCAUCGUGCAAAGGGCGCUGAGCCUCCACAAGGCUGAUGGGAUCGGCCUGGCCGACUACGCGCUGGAGUCUUCAGAACUAAAAAAAAGCAAUAAAACACCCUUCUUUUUUUUAAGCAUUUUGCUGAAGUUGCUAAAACUACUCCAGGGUUUUAUGAGGAAGUUUAUACAGUGUGUGUGUACAGUGCUUACUUAA